CAUGCUUUCAAAAGUGACCCCUGACCUCCCCAGCUGACAAAAAGGAGGGAGAGAACAACACUUAGCUACAUUUUCUCCCUGUUUCUUCUUCGUUUUCCGAACGUUUUCGCGAAAUGUCGGCUGCUGCGGAAGGCAGAGAGCCAUGGGCACAGCUGGUGAGCACCACAGAUGUAGACUCGGCGCCGGUCUCCAUCAACAAGGACAAAUUCACCAUUGGAAGGAGAGCUGGUGAUAUGACCUUCCCAGAGAACAAGCUUGUGUCCAGUUCUCACUGCUCACUGUUCAGGGAACCUACAACAGGGAAGGUCUUUCUACAGGAUACAAGUACAAAUGGAACCAUGAUCAACAACACCAAGGUUGGGAAGGGCCAGAAGUGGGAACUGAACCAUGGAGAUGAGAUCCACAUCGUGUUCAAGAAGAACAACACUGAGCAAAACAUAGCAUACCUUUUCCAGGAUUUGGCAAAGCUAAAAGAGGAAGAACAGGAUGAAUCUCUGCUUGAUGUUACACAGGAGUAUGGUAGUGACACUGAGGGGUCAACCAUAGACUACACACUACCUAACACAGAGAUGGGUUCAGAAGCCAGUGGUGCCAGUGGUGGAGCUAAGAGACAGAUGGAAGAGGUUUCUGAAAGUGAGCCAGUUUCCAAGAAAGCCAGGGAGGAAGCAAAACAGGGUGACAUGCAGCAGAAGACCAGCAGUGAGCCUAGUGCUGCAGUUCCAGCUAGUGCCACUGGAGGCGCUGCUAGUACAUCAGCUGUACAACAAUGCAGCAAAGACACUGGAAAAGAAGAUACCACUCUUCCAAGGGGGGAUUCUCAGGUAGCUGGGCCAUCCUCGGAAAAAGGUGCUGCAGGGUCUAAAGAUGACAAACCAAAGCCACCCCCACGGGAUGAAAUGGAAGAGACCCUUCUGUGUGGGGUGUGUCAGGAUAUCUUGCAUGACUGCAUCAGUCUGCAGCCGUGCAUGCACUCGUUCUGCGCCGGCUGCUACUCCCAGUGGAUGGACAUGUCCAACCUGUGUCCCUCCUGUCGCAACAAGGUGGACCGCAUCAGUAAGAACCACAUCGUCAACAACCUGGUGCAGGUCUACCUCAAGGAUCACCCUGAGAAGAAGAGAAGUGAGGAAGACCUGGCAGAGUUGAACAAGAAGAACAAGAUCACAGACGACAUGUUGUACCCAAAACACGGCCACCACAGACGGGAGUACGAGUCAUACAGCGAUGAAUACAGCGACUCGGACUCCGGGCAUGAAGAUGCCAGCCUUAGUGGAGGCAGCACCCCUAGAGGAUGGCGGGCGUAUUAUAGUCCGUACGGAAUGCACCAUGUAUCUACACGCCCUCCCCCCAGAACCAUCUGUAGACAGUGUCCUGACUACACUCCACCGACGUCUGCCACCACUGGUGCCCAGGUCACAGGCAUGUUGGUCACCCCACCUGUAUCCACAGGUAUUGCCACGAGCCCUGUGAGGAUGGGAGAGGAGAUCACCCUGUAUGACCCGCGUGUUGUGGGGCCCACAGUAGUGUCUACAGUAACACAAGUCAUGCAGCAACCACCCACCGGUGUAGCAGGUGUCCCAGCCCCUGUAUCCAUGGGACAGGGGAUCUCCAUGUACGAUCCACGCGUUCUCGGAUCCAGUUCGGCUCCACCUGCGCCUGAUCCAGCAGGGACAGCACAAACACCUGGUGUAGCUGUGACAGCUGCCACUGCCACAGCUGUCUCAGGUGCUGCUGCCCCCACAACAGCAAGAACUGAUUCUACUGUGUCCACCUCAUCUCAGGCUUCUCAAGUUACAGAUUCAAGUCCAGAAGAAAGAGCGCGCAGGUUGGCCGGUCCGCGCCCUCCCCCUCCGGAGCCAUGCCAGUUUGUGUGCCAGGUGAACCAGAACCACGUCAUGUGCCAGUGCUGCUGGAAACCCAUGCCUGACAGGACCAGGGAGACACCCCCCUCCCCACCACAGAAGUGUUCCCUCUGCCACAGGGUGUUCUGUCACAUGUACUGGGGCUGUAACAACCCACGGUGUUUAGGAUGUCUCAACAACUUCAAAGAUUUAUACUUUGAUGGCAGAUGUCUCAAUGAUCUCAUCAACAACAAUCACUAUGAGUCCAGUAUCUUCAUGAACUACCUGGAUGACAAGAAUCUGACCUUGAGGGAUGUCCUUCAGACAUGUAUGGAAAAACUGGCAGCUGGCGAGUAUACUGUCACAGAUCCCAACAGCCGGCCGUCCUCCCCGCUCACCCCAGACUCAGUGAUCUGUUACACCUGUGGGCUGAGGAACUUCAGACAGCUGGCUUACCAGUACAGGAGUCACAUCCCACCGGACCAGUUACCAGCUGAAGCAACCUCUAGACCAGACUGUUACUGGGGCAGGAACUGUAGGACUCAACACAGUAAACCUCAUCAUGCCAAAAACUUCAGCCAUAUCUGUGAGCAGACCAGAUUCACAUGAUGUUCCCACAUAUCAUCACUGUUGCUUCACUAAAGGUGCUGAGCUCAUAGGAGGGAGAGAUUUCUCAUCACUCUUUUUGAGCUGCCUAAAACAAGACUUUAUGUCACAAGAAAUGCUUUUUAAAAUGCUGUCCGGGGGCCAAGAUGGGAGUAGCUGGUUGGAUGGGAUAAGUGUGAUGACAAUGUGUGACACAAAUAAUUGGUCACCUUGGUGACUUGAGUUGGACUUAUGCUAAAACUAAAGGGUAAAACAGGGGUGCUAGACUGGCCCGACACACACAAUGGGCAGAACAAUGGGCCUGAGCCCUGAUGCAAAUUACUUCUUGCCGCGCCAUCAUCGAGCACCCAAACAUCAAACAUGAUACAUGUACUCAGCAAAAAGCUGGAGGUAUUGUGGCCCCAGCAUGUAAAAAAUGACUUCUUGAAGUCUCUUACCGGUAUGUGGUCAUCGGUGGUGUUGAGGAAAGCCAUUAUCUUGUCAAAGAAAAGAAGAGCUCAGAAAACAAGGAAUUAACCGAAUGAAAAUAGCUAUAA